AUGUUGGCGGCACGAAUCCGAGCAAUCCCGACUGCUCGAUGCAGUGCUUGGCCAAUGAGAAUUUCAAGUUCAAUUUUUCCAAAUGCCAUUCGGCAUUAUUCGGGAAUGAACGUCCCAAAUACACCCAACAAUAUACUGCGGCAUGCCGGCGAUCGAAAUAAGGUUAUAGAUUCUCGAUUUUGGCUAAGGAGAUGGCAGAGCACUCAAAGUAAUCGAGCUAAAAGCGACAGUAGGGGAGAUGAAUCGAAAACGUCAGGCUGGAAGGACAUUAAACGACUCUUUGUUCUUGCCAGACCAGAAUCAAGAAGUUUGUUCCUCGCUUUGGGACUCAUCAUUGUCUCCAGUUCGGUAAGCAUGACGAUUCCCAGCGUAAUUGGUAAGCUAAUGGAUGUGGCAGAGGAAGGACGGGACAAUGAGGAACAAAAAAAGGCUGGAGAUGAUAACGAAGAAGAAGAAGACGCUCGAUCAGAAACACUACUGCAUGGUCUUACGUUACCGCAGUUUUACACAGCCCUUGCGGUUGUCUUCGUAGUGGGGGCCACCGCCAACAUGGGGAGAAUUGUCAUUUUAAAAGUGACAGGAGAAAAGCUAGUGGCCCGUUUGAGAACGCGCACACUCAAAGCAGCAUUACAACAGGACGCUACAUUUAUGGACAAAAGUCGGGUUGGUGAUUUGAUUUCGAGAUUGUCUUCUGACGCGAGCAUUGUGUCGAAGUCGCUCACUCAAAACAUGUCAGAUGGAACUCGAGCUGCAAUUCAAGGUAUAGCCGGCUUCGGAAUGAUGAGUUACAUUUCCUGGAAGAUGACAUGCGUCAUGAUGGUUCUAGCUCCACCGCUCGCAGCGAUGGCGCUAGUGUACGGCCGGAGGAUACGGAACUUAUCUCGCGCGCUCCAGACGGCAGUAGGUGGACUCACCAAAUCUGCAGAGGAGCAAUUGUCGUCUACCAGAACAAUCCAGGCGUACGGCGGAGAAAAAUACGCCAUUCACCAGUAUGCCAAAGAAGUAAGGGACGUUUAUCAAGUGGGAUUGAAGGAGGCAAUCACGUCUGGCGGGUUUUUUGGCCUUACCGGUCUAGUUGGAAACAUCGCAGUUUUGGCAUUGCUUUACACGGGUACUUCAAUGAUAAAAACAGGAACAAUCACUGCAGGCGAUCUUUCGAGCUUUAUGCUUUAUGCAGUAUACACGGGUAGUUCACUGUUUGGCCUGUCAUCGUUCUAUUCAGAGCUGAUGAAAGGCGCGGGUGCUGCUGCAAGAGUGUUCGAACUCAACGACAGGACGCCAGCGAUACACCCAACGAAGGGGAGAGAUCCAUUAACUCUGGAUGGUAAGCCGGUGGCAUACAGUAAUGUCGAAUUUGCGUAUCCGACUCGUCACCAGCACAAGAUUUUCAAUGACUUCAACCUCGAAAUAUGGCCUGGCGAGCACGUUUGCAUUGUGGGCGCAUCCGGAGGCGGGAAGUCUACAGUGGCAUCCUUGUUGCUGCGGUUUUAUGACGUAGAUGCCGGAGCCAUUACGGUAGGCGGAGUUAACAUUAAGGAGUUUAACUUGAGGAAAUUUCGAAGAAUGCUAGGCGUAGUUCAGCAGGAGCCGUUACUGUUGAAUGGCACAAUUUUGGACAACAUCAUGUACACCGUUCCUGAACAAAUUGCGAAAGACAAGGAUAGAGUCAGGAGGGCUAUAGGGGCGGCCAAUUGCUCAUCUUUUCUGACCACUUUUCCGGAUGGGCUCCAGACGAUGGUUGGCCCUCGUGGUGCUCAGCUCUCUGGCGGCCAAAAACAGCGAAUCGCGUUAGCACGUGCGUUUUUGCUGGACCCCUCGAUUUUGAUUCUAGACGAAGCGACUAGUGCCCUAGACUCGAGGAGCGAAGAAGUUGUUGCACGCACACUGCAUGCGCGCCGAGAACGCGGCAAAAUGACCAUUUCCAUCGCACAUCGUCUCAGUACUAUCCAGCACAGCUCGCGGGUGGUUGUGCUUAAUCGCCAUGGACAAGUGGCCGAGACAGGGCCUUUCGAGCUGCUGUAUGCCAAUCCAGAUUCUUAUUUGAACAAACUACUCAAAGAGAAAGACGGAGGCGCUUCUCUCGAAGAGCACGAGACUGAGGAGACUGCGACGGCCAAUGACUCACAAGAGGGUCGUUAA